CACUCGUCUUACUCCGUCCAAGAGAAAGCCACGUGCGCCAUCUGGUGUGAGGUACAUCAAACCAGCAGAUGAAGUCACUGAGGAAGACCUAGAACUUGUGGCAACGCACGUUUCUGAGAAAAGAUACGACAGUGCUGAGGGGACCUCAUGUCAUCAAUGCAGGCAGAAGACCAGCGACAUGAAGACUUCGUGUAGAAGUAAAGAGUGUUUUGGGGUGCGGGGACAGUUCUGUGGCCCAUGUCUAAGGAAUAGGUACGGAGAGGAUGCCAAGGAAGCUCUUAAAGAUCCUGCUUGGAGCUGCCCUCCCUGUCGUGGAAUAUGCAACUGCAGUUUUUGCCGCAAGAAAAAUGGCCGUGGUGCAACUGGCAUUCUCAUCCACAUCGCCCGAGAGCAUGGUUUCCCUGAUGUGAACUCCUAUCUUAACAGUUUCAAGAAAAACUGAAGAAAGAGAGAGCAAUAUUGACCAGCAGUGGACAGCUAUAUUCUAGUGGACAGUGUUGACCAGUUGUGGACAUUAAAUGGAGACACAGCAGAAGGCCACAGACGGAAGAGGAAAUUUUUCACCAUGGAUAUCAACCUUUCAUAAAUGACUAAUACAGUCCUUAAAAACUUAACAAAAACAGGAUAAAGAUUUCAGGGCAGGGAAAGGUGUACGUGUACUGUCAGACUGUUAUGUCUGUGUUGGUGANAUGUAUAUAUGUGUGUGAGUGUGUGUGUGUGUG